CUGGAUUUGCUGAUUUUGUAGGCGGCGCUUGCACUGUUUGGUGUGAUUGGAGGACCGCUGCUAGGCGUGUUUACACUCGGCAUGCUGGUUCCCUGGGCCAAUCAGAAGGGAGCCAUCACGGGAAUGCUUACUAGUCUUACGUUUAUGUUAUGGAUCAGUGUUGGUUACCAGAUUAACAAACCCAAAGUUACCACUCUCUCGGUCACUGACGUCACAGGCUGUAACUGGAACCUUACCACUACUGCAGCAAGUAUCCUAACUACAACGGUAUCGGGCGUUACCGUGACAACCACAGAAGUUCCACCAACAGACACUUCCACAGACCUGCUGAUGAGGCUAUACUCUCUGUCCUAUCUGUGGUAUAGUGCCACAGCCAUGCUGGUUACUGUUGGUAUGGGUAUCAUCGUCAGCCUCAUCACAGGUCGGACCGAUCCUAAGUCACUCGAUCCCAGACUCAUUUGUCCUAUAUUUGAUGUUUUUCUGCCAUUCCUCCCCGAGAGAUGGAGAAGACGACUCUGGUUCGGUGUCCGCCAUGAUGAGGUAAAGGAUGAUAAACCUGUCAACGAUAUAGAACUAGCAGUGAACGGAAACAGGACUAAACACGGUAAAUCGGGGAUGUACCAGAAAGACACCGGAAUCACCAACCAGGCAUACAGCACUUCUGACGACGAUAAAAAAGCUCGACCUCCUUUUACACAUCUAUGAUCGCCCUACAAAAUUAACUAAUACCCUUAUGAUAUACCUAUAUAAUAUCUAAAUACAGGAAGAGUUCGAUUGAAACACUCAUAAAGAGUCAGAAAUCCAGAUACCUAUAGUUAACUGUGUAACAUUUUAUUUUCGUAUACUUUUUCCAUUUCUCGUUUUGUUUAUGUUUAUGAUAAUCAGAGAUAUUUUGUAAUUUACUUUAUUGCAUGCAUAUCAUUUAACAGUAGUUCAAUAUGAAAACAUCGGUUACUAAUUUUAAAUAGUAUGUUUACAUUGUUUUCAAGUAGUAUGUAGUGUGUUAACAAUGUUUAUUACUUUUAUAUUUUGUGUAAACUUUGUUCACCAG